AUGACCGUCAAUGCGACGCAACCUUUGGACGUUGAGGCUGGAGUUGCCGAUGGAGCCAGGCGCGUCGAAAGGGAAAAGACAUUUGCGCCUAUGGGGAUGCGAAUUGUGUUCAAGGACCUGGACUACUCGGUCCCAUCUCACCACAAGAAGGGCGAACGCGCAUUCCUGCUCAAAAAGGUGGCUGGCUACUUCGAAGCUCACCAGAUGGCUGCCUUGAUGGGGCCCAGCGGCAGCGGCAAGACCACUCUAUUGGACGUGCUGGCAGGUCGCAAGAAUGCAGGUGUCACUGAAGGCACCGUUGCAUUCGCUGGCCAGAAGCCCACCCCGCAGUUCCUGAGGCGCUACACAGGCUACGUGGAACAGUUCGACACGCUGCUGGGCAUUCUGACGGUGUACGAGAUGUUGUUGUACACGGCCGAGCUGAAGCGGCCGGUUUCGGAGCCGCUGGAGUCCAAGAAGCGCGCGGUGGAGGACCUGCUGGACAAGCUGGCGCUGAGCCGGUGUCGGGACGUCAAGCACAGCAAUCCCCAACUCAACCUUCCCCAAACCCGAAGGCCCCUGAUUGCCCCUCCUCUUCAGAUUGGCAACGCCCUGUCCAAGGGUAUCAGUGGAGGGCAGGCCAAGCGGACAAACAUAGAACAACAGCAACACCAAUGGCAGCAACACCUGGGAUCCCCGCUACCAUGGAAAAUCAGUACACAAGCGCAGCUCCUAGUCCGGCCCUGUCCUAGUCCUAGUCCUAGUCCUAGUCCCAACCAAGUUAUGACCAUGGUCAAGUCCCUAGCCGCGGGCGGAGUGACCAUAUGCGCCACAAUCCACUCGCCCACCAGCUACUGCUUCGCGCUCUUUGACUCGGUCAUGAUGCUGGUCAAGGGGAGGGUCGUGUACUUCGGACCCCGAGGCCACUCCGCUAUCGAGUUCGCGCAGUCGGGCUGUCCGCACCCCAAGGAGUUCCUUCCCGGAUACAACGACGCGGAGUACUUGGUGGACCUGGUCACGGAGGCGGACCUGGCCGGGGAGAGCGACAAGAUGGCGGACUUCUAUGCAAAGGUUUAUUUGUCCUCCCGCAACUUUUACGUGCCAUAUAUGUUGUAUACUCGCGCAUCCUCCUCUCUCGCUAUUUCUGCCUCGGAGCUCUUCCGGGACAACGCCGCCCGCAUCGAUCAGUACCUGUCCGAGUCGGCCGACGUGCUCCCGGAGAAUAUCCAAAAGGAGUUGGCAGUUCGCUCGGCCACCGUGACCCCGUGGUGGUGGGGUCUGAAGACAUUAGUCAAGUCCCGACAACACAACGCAACACGGCCUGGGACACGACCUGAUAAGACCUUUCGCCGUACCGUCCUAUUGCAGUACCGCACUUCGAAGAACUAUCGGGAUGGCGAGUUCCUAGGCCCUCGAAUCGGCGACAAGAUCCUGAUCAGUCUGUUGAUUAUGACGUUGUACCUGGGCAUUGGCGACGAGUUCAUCGAGUCGAACUACGUCAACAUUGCCGCGGUGUUGUUUAUGUGGUGUGUGCUGCCCGCCUUCGGAGCCGCUGCGUACGUCCCCGCGCUGGUGCUAGAGCGCAACCUGUUCACUCGCGAGCGCAACGACGGAUUGUACUUGGUGGUGACGUACCUGCUGUCAAAGAUGGUAGACGAGCUGCUGCUGGCGGGACUGGCCUCGCUGGGUAUCUCAGCCUACGUGUUUUACGGCAUUCAGCUACAAGGCCAGUGGGUGACUUUCUGGCUCAUCUAUUACAUCACCCUCUCCAACGGCAUUGUGCUGGCAUACUUUGUGGCGGCCAUCUCCCCCAAUCUGGAUGUGGCCAAUGCGCUAUUGCCCACCUACGUGGUCACGCUGCUCUUCUUCGGCGGCUUCCUGUUCCGCUUCCACGAGAUGCCGCGAUGGUGGAAGUGGUACUCAUACAUUGACUUCCUGCGCUAUAGCUGGGGCUCCUUGAUGGUGAACCAGUUCGAGGACAACAACCCGUCGUGGCUCGGCGGAACCGUACUGUCGUACUACAGCCUUGCACACGUGGACAAAUGGCGGUACAUGGGCUUCCUGGCGCUGUUCUUCAUCGUCUUUUUCCUCCUCGCGUUGAUUACCAUGCAGUUCAAGAAGUACCAGUCACGAUGA